CGAACGCGCCCCGGCCUCGGCCGCGCUUCUCGGCGAGCCGCCCGCGCACGCGCCGCAGGCCGACGUGGGCGGUGGAGCGCCACGGGCUUGAAGGGCGGGGCGGCCGGAGGAGCGCGUGGCCAUGCGGGCCCGGGGGGACCCCGCCGCCGCCGCCGCCGCCGCGCCCCACGUGUCUAUCAUCCUCCCAGUCCACAACGCCGAACCGUGGUUGAAUGAGUGCUUGGAGUCUGUUUUGCAGCAGGACUUCGAAGGCUCCAUGGAGCUCUCGGUUUUUAAUGAUGCCAGCAAGGAUAAGUCCAUGACUAUCAUUGAGAAAUGGAAGGUGAAGCUGGAAGGUUCUGGUAUCCCCGUGGUCAUUGGCGGGCACGCUUCUCCUUCACCCCGAGGAGUUGGAUAUUCUAAAAAUCAAGCAAUAGCACAAAGCUCAGGAUCUUACCUUUGCUUUUUGGAUUCGGAUGACGUGAUGAUGCCUCAGAGGGUGAGGCUACAACUGGAAGCUGCUGCCCAGCACCCAACAAGUAUUAUAGGUUGCCAAGUAAGGAGAGAGCCCCCCAACUCCACUGAGCGAUACACACGGUGGAUCAACCAGCUAGCACCGGACCAGCUUCUUACUCAGAAGGGGACGAGAGGUUGCAGAGAAGAGCUUGUGUCAGGUUCGCCUGGUGCGGCCCCGAGCCCCAGACACCCUCCAUGGAUACGAGGGCCCCUCGCAGGCUCCCAGCGAGAACAGGUUUUUACCUCCAAUGGCCCAACUGUGAUCAUGCCCACCUGGUUCUGCUCUCGAGCAUGGUUUUCCCAUGUGGGCCCAUUUGACGAGGGCGGACAGGGUGUGCCCGAGGACCUGCUGUUCUUCUACAACCACCUCAGAAAGGGCGGUGGGGUCGUCCGCGUGGACCAGAGCCUCCUCCUGUACCGCUACCACCCAGACGCUGCCACGCACUCUGUCCUCGAGACCACCAUCUGGACCCACCGUGUCCGCUUCCUGGAAGAACGGGUCCUGCCGCACUGGGCAGCUUUCACCAUCUGGAACGCGGGCAGGCAGGGCCGCCGGCUUUACCGCAGCCUGGCAGCUGGGACACGACGCAAGGUGGUUGCCUUCUGUGACGUGGACGAGAACAAGAUCAGGAAGGGCUUCUAUUGCCACGAGGACUCUCAGGAAAGGCCUAAGCCUCGGGUUCCAAUCCUGCACUUCCGAGCUGCCCGGCCACCCUUCGUCAUCUGCGUGAAGCUGGACCUCACCGGGGGUGCAUUUGAAAACAACCUGAGGUCACUGCACCUGCAGGAAGGCCGGGACUUCCUUCACUUCAGCUGACGGGCCCAGGGCAGCUGCCCCCAGGGGGGUCUGAGAGGUGUAGCCCACGGAAGGUAAACGCUCCCACAAGUCAGCAGCUUAGCCCAGGCAAGAAAACCACUCCCUGUGAAGGAAGCAGCAACCAGGGUCUGCCAGGACCCAUCGGCUCCCUCGGCCCCCACUGCCACACACACCCGUGGGGGCAGCUCAUUCCCCAGCCCAGACACUGUCCGUCCUCGGUUCAUGGCCCCGACCACAGCACAGCCACCACCUUCGCCUCAGAUGUGGGUGGCAGCACCCGUGAUGCCACGUCCAGGCCAGCAUGAGACAGCGUACAAGGCGUGGCCAUGUGAGCCCUGAGGUGGUGAACCUUCGUGCACAUCAGCCUCACUGGCCUUUAGGUUAGGUCUGCUCUGGGCAAUUAGAAAGAGGCACUUUUUCAGGAACAAAGGAAUCAACUGGGGAACUUCCCCACAUGGCACCAGAGAACCCGGUAUCCUAGAAGUACACUUUGGCGGGUUGUCCGCCCAUGGCAGAUGCUGGUGUAGCCACACACCUACCUCUCUGUCAGGUUCCUAACUAGCUACCCCGAGCCUCUCCUGUGGGGUUACAGCCCAUCUCAGGCAGGAUUCUUUGGUUACACAAAACUGCGAGCGGUUGGUAACCACAUGCAAUGCCCACGUGCACUGGGCAUGACAACGGAGAAGGGGACGGGAGAGGA